UUGUUUUUCCUAGAUAUGUCAGUUUACAAAGGACAUCUCUCUCCUCCAAAGAACUUAACCCCCAAAAAUGUCCUUUCCCAGUAGCUCACCUGCGGCAAACACAUAUUUAGUGGACUCUUUAAUUGGUGCUUGCAGGACGGACAGCUUUUACGCCAACAGCAACAUGUACAUGCCGUCUGGCUCAGACAUGGGAACUUACGGAAUGCAAACCUGUGGACUCCUGCCGUCUUUCGGCAAAAGAGGGGAGGUCAACCACCAAAAUAUGGGCAUGAAUGUCCCCUCGUACAUACCUCAAAUAGAUAACUGGACUGAUCCGAAUAGACCCUGCAGAAUAGAGCCGCCCAGUCAGAUGUCAAACUGUACAUUUUCACAGAGCAUUAAGGAAGAAAGCAACUGCUGCAUGUACUCCGAUAAGAGAGUGCAAAAAGUCAGCUCGUCAGACGUCCCCGCAUAUCCUAAUGUUAUUCCUGAGUCGUGUCCAGUCGAUGGUCCCGAGAUCCCGGUUCCGGGCUAUUUCAGACUGAGCCAAACUUAUGCAAACGGGAAGCAUCAGGAAAACUACUGUCAUGAUCCACCGAGUCCAAACCCAACACUGAUGCAGCUCAGCCGGGUCACCCCGAAACCGCAGUCUUCCUCCUCCUCGUCGUCUAAUUUCGCAGAGGUGGAAAAGGAAAGUGAGGACUGCCCGAAAAUCCCUGAUACCUCACGGACACCCGUACCCGUAGAAAGCCCGGAUCCCAAGUCCAGCUCGGAGGAGAAAAAGUGCUCCAUGGAAGCCCCUGUGUCCAGUCCUGAGCUACACCACAAGGAAGGGAAAGACUGCAAGACUAACGCACCAACAAGCAACUGGUUAACUGCAAAAAGUGGGAGAAAGAAAAGAUGUCCCUACACAAAGCACCAAACCUUGGAGUUGGAGAAGGAGUUUCUGUUCAAUAUGUAUCUGACCCGAGAGCGCCGCCUAGAGAUCAGCAGGAGCGUCAACCUGACCGACAGACAGGUCAAGAUCUGGUUUCAGAACCGCAGGAUGAAACUGAAGAAGAUUAACAGGGAAAACCGCAUCCGUGAACUCACCUCAAAUCUCACCUUUUCGUGAGCUUGCAUGUACCAGUGACCAGUGGUUAGCUGUGUUAUUAUUUUUUAAAUGUUCCUCUCAUAUUCAGUUUGAUGCUUCAGUGGCAUUGGACGUUUAUCUUCAAUUUCAACGAAACUGUGACUGUAUGUGCCAAUUUUAGUACUUUGUGUGGCGUCGUGUAUUUGUCUUUGUUUUAUCACAGGGUAACACUUCUUGGUCUUAAAUUAUUGGUGCAGUAGAUUUCUUCCCUUUGCCAGGAGACAUUUAAUUCAAACUGAAGAAGAAAGAUGUCGCAACGGCGAGCUGUUCGGAAGGAGUUACUCUGUUUCAGUCAUGAAAGCACACUGAUUGUUGUGUAGCGCAGAUUUGGUUUUACAGUGGGUGCGAGCCAUUUGCUAAAUGUUUCUAUGAGCCUCUAAAAGUGACUGAAAACAAGGUUAAUCUGUGAAUUUAUUGCAUGUUUGUGGCAUGUAUCUUGCAAUAAAUAGAUGGUC